AAUACAUUAAUCGAGACAAAGUGAGGGGAAAAAAAAAGUUUCCCCAGAAUCCUCAAAGGUCGAGUCUUCCAGAGAAGCAAAGGACCUGGAAUUUCUUUUCCCGCGGCAAAAUAAUUUUCUCGAGAAACAAACUGGCUGGUUGAGUUUGUUUAGUGAUCUGUUGAAGAUGUUUAAAAACACGUUUCAGUCUGGAUUUUUGUCGAUCCUAUACAGUCUUGGGAGCAAACCUUUGCAGAUAUGGGAUAAAGAAGUUUCCAAUGGCCAUAUAAAACGACUGCAUGAUGAAGACAUACAAUCCAAUGUGCUUGAAAUUGUUGGAUCGAAUAUCCAGUCCACAUAUAUCACAUGCCCUGCUGACCCUGGAGCGACUCUUGGUAUAAAACUUCCAUUUUUGGUUAUGAUUGUGAAGAAUGUGAAGAAAUAUUUCACAUUUGAGAUUCAGGUGCUGGAUGAUAAGAAUGUCAGGCGGCGCUUCCGAGCUUCCAACUUUCAAACUGUCACUAGGGUGAAACCAUACAUCUGCACCAUGCCACUGAAGUUGGAUGAAGGCUGGAAUCAAAUCCAAUUGAAUCUCGCUGAUUUUACUAGGAGGGCGUAUGGAACCAACUAUGUUGAGACUUUAAGAGUUCAGGUUCAUGCAAACUGCCGUCUGAGAAGGAUAUAUUUCUCUGAUCGCCUAUACUCAGAAGAGGAACUUCCACCAGAAUUUAAACUCUACCUUCCAGUACAGCAGAAAGCAUGAGAAGGUCGUGGCUUCGGAAUUACUGCUGCUCAAUGAGGAUUUCUUGAUCCUUUGUCAUUCUUCAACAUCCACUCAGUUUUAUCGUUUUUUUUUUUUUUUGCUUUGUUAUAAUACUAGUGGAAAGCUACCAGAACUUUAGAACAUAUUUGCCAGGUGAUCUGUGACAUUUAAGUGGCUUGGCUUGGCUUGGCUACGCGAGCUUUUGCCAGGUGAUCACGUCCAAAAGUAGCGUGCUAGAACAGAAGCUAUUUUCACUCUUUAGGUCAACAUUUGUUUAUCUUUA